GCCAGACACCAGUUUCGAGUAGCUUCUUCUUCAAGUAUGGUGAGAUCCAGACCUUUUCGUUUUACAUCAGUCAUCUCAAAAAUGGGAACCUCGUGUUUGCCACUAUUCCAGUUGGUGCUCUCGGACCCACCAUGUGAAGAAAAGGAAAUGUGCAUAAACUAUAAAGAUCAAUACACAAAUGGCUGGUAUAUCUGGUUCUUGUUGCUGAUUUUCCUGGUGGCUCUUCUCUGUGGAGUAGUGUUCUCCUGCCUCCAUUGCUGGCUGCGGAGACCUCGAAUUGAUUCCCCAAGACGCACUAUGGCUGUUUUUGCUGUUGGAGACUUGGACCCCGUUUAUGGGACAGAAGUGGCUGUGAAUUCAACUGUUGGAAUUCACCUUCAAACUCAAAACCCUGAACUGUAUCCUGCUCCAUGUUUUGGCACAUUAGGACCCCCACCUCCAUAUGAAGAAACUUUGAAAUCAAGGUCGAUUUUAGCUCUGGAUCAACUGGAAACAUCAGAAAUAUUUUAAUUCUAAAAAUCAAACUUAGGAACAAUUCUUUUAUUUAGUGGGAAUUCCCAGAAAUCAAUUAAUAUAGCCUGAAAAAGGACAAAUAGGCAGAAGAAUGAAUGUGGGGAAAGAAUUUUGGUCAGGAAGAUAUGUCAGUAGUAAAUUAGUGGACUCUUAGUGUAUCAUUGCUGUGUUAUAUUUUGUGCUACACAAUCAAGUCAAUGUUUCUCCAUCAGUACUCAAAUAGACAGUGAUUAAUGCAUGGAGUGGGUCUUCAUUAAGUUUGGGAUUUCACUCCAGGUACACAUCACAGCUUUCCUGGCCUUAUUAUCUCUCUUUUAUCUGACCUCCCCCCUAGUAUGGAAUUAAUAAGAAUUAUCAUAAUUUCACAAUGACCCGAGCAUGGUGCCAGACCCAGACCAGAAAGAGAAUAUUUGAAUUAAGGUAAAAGGCGACACUAGGGAACAAGGGACACUCAGAAUUGAAGGGUGAAGGAUGAAUGAAGAGGAAGAUUAAGAGCCCAGUUCAAACAGUUGCCUGUCUCAGCCUGAGGAGAGAGAAAGUGUAGAUAGAAGCUGAAGAACUCUACCUAAGCUGUGGACCAUGUGUAAUAGCACAGUGUGGAGAAAAAGAAAGCUCUCAUUUUGUAUGAGUAGAUACGGACUCUGGAGCCCUCAGCCUUUCUCUGGUGUCUGAAGACUUGGCAUUUCUUGGGGAACUAUGAUAAGAACCUUUGGCAUAGAUAUCAAUGUUCUCAUUGAGAACC